AUGGCGUCCGCUCCGUCGUCAACCCGCACGUGGAUCGUAGCCAACCACCCCGAGGACGUCCCAACAUUUGACAGCAACGACCCCGGUGCGACUUUCAAGCUCAUCGACCGACCUCUCCCAGCAUUGGGAGCAGGCCAAGUGUUGGUCAAGUCGCUUUUCUUCUCGAACGAUCCAGCGCAAAGGCCAGCCAUCGAUGCUUCCAUCAAAGAAGAGAGACAUUACACCGCCCCGGUCAAGCUGGGAGACCCGAUGAUGGCGCGCGGUCUGGCCGAAGUGGUCGAGUCCAAGGCGGACAAGCUGCCCAGGGGGACGAUCGUCCAGGCCUCCCUAGGGUGGACCGAGUACGCCGUGCUGGAUGCCUCCGAGUGCAGUCCGCGGCAACCGCUCCCCAACGGCCUGAGUCUGACGCAUUACCUGGGCGCGUUCGGCGGGCCCGGCUUGACGGCGUAUUACGGCCUCGUCACCGUCGGCGAGGCGAAGAAGGGUCAGCGCAUCGUCGUGUCUGGCGCCGCGGGAGCGACUGGCAGCAUGGCCGUUCAGAUCGCCAAGAAUAUCGUUGGCGCAUCCGAAGUCAUCGGCAUCGCCGGUUCGGACGACAAAUGCCGCUGGGUUGAGAGCCUCGGCGCGGACAAGUGUUUCAACUACAAGAGUGCGAGUUUCGAGCAAGACCUGACCAAGGCCACCGACGGCUUCGUGGACGUCUAUUUCGAUAACGUGGGAGGUUCGAUCCUCGACUUGAUGCUCUCCAGGCUCAAGCAGAAUGGCGUCGUAGUCCAGUGCGGCCUUAUUGCCGGGUAUAAUGGGAUGAAGCCCACGGUGCUCAAAAAUUACUUCCAAGUCAUCGCCAUGCGCCUGUCGAUCCGGGGCUUCAUCGUCGUGGACUUCGCGGACACGUUCCCUGAAACGAUCAGACUGUUCACGCAAGCGCUGAAGGAAGGCAAAUUGAAGAUCAGCAACGAGGAGAGCGAGCAGGUCGUCGACACCAAGUUCGAGGAUGUGCCAAGGACAUGGCUGAAGUUGUUUGACGGAGGGAAUACUGGGAAGUUGGUUACGAAGCUGGUCUGA